AAGUUCAGAGGCAGGCGACAAGGUCCGGGUGCUGAGCGGAGGUGGCUGGACAAGCCUAGCCGGAGAAACCUGAGGCCAGGAGCGACCUCCGGAGGAGCCCCUAGACUGGAGUCUUAGCUGAGACGCGGCAGCAAUGCAACCAGCCCAAAUGAUCCUAGGAGAACGAGAGCCUGUUUUCAACACUCUUCCUGCAGUCAGGCCGGCACGCCUUCGGGAACUCAUCACCACUGUCCCAAUUGUUCCCUGAAAUGAACGUUCCUGGCGCGCCCUCUGGUGGACUAUUGAGGUAACCAUCUGUCUAUAGGAAGUCAUGGCAACCACGCAUGCGCAGGGCCACCAGCCAGUCUUUGGGAAUGAUACUCUCCGGGAACAUUAUGAUUACGUGGGGAAGCUGGCAGGCAGACUGCGGGACCCCCCUGAGGGUGGCACCCUCAUCACCACCAUCCUCUUCUUGGUCACCUGUAGCUUCAUCGUCUUGGAGAACCUGAUGGUUUUGAUUGCCAUCUGGAAAAACAAUAAAUUUCACAACCGCAUGUACUUUUUCAUCGGCAACUUGGCUCUCUGCGACCUGCUGGCCGGCAUAGCCUAUAAGGUCAACAUUCUGAUGUCCGGCACGAAGACGUUCAGCCUGUCUCCAACAGUGUGGUUCCUCAGGGAGGGCAGUAUGUUCGUAGCCCUGGGGGCAUCCACCUGCAGCUUAUUGGCCAUCGCCAUUGAGCGGCACCUGACCAUGAUCAAGAUGAGGCCGUAUGAUGCCAACAAGAAGCACCGCGUGUUCCUUCUGAUUGGCAUGUGCUGGCUAAUUGCCUUCUCGCUGGGUGCCCUGCCCAUCCUGGGCUGGAACUGCCUGGAGAACUUUCCUGACUGCUCUACCAUCUUACCCCUCUACUCCAAGAAAUACAUUGCCUUCCUCAUCAGCAUCUUCACCGCCAUUCUGGUGACCAUCGUCAUCUUGUAUGCGCGCAUCUACUUCCUGGUCAAGUCCAGCAGCCGCAGGGUGGCCAGCCACAACUCGGAGAGAUCCAUGGCUCUUCUGCGGACUGUAGUAAUAGUGGUGAGCGUGUUUAUUGCCUGUUGGUCCCCCCUUUUCAUCCUCUUCCUCAUCGACGUGGCCUGCAGGGUGAAGGAGUGCUCUAUCCUCUUCAAGAGUCAGUGGUUCAUCAUGCUGGCUGUCCUCAACUCGGCCAUGAACCCUGUCAUCUACACUCUGGCCAGCAAAGAGAUGCGUCGUGCCUUCUUCCGGUUGGUUUGUGGCUGUCUGGUCAAGGGCAAGGGGACCCAGGCCUCACCCAUGCAGCCUGCCCUCGACCCAAGCAGAAGUAAAUCAAGCUCCAGUAACAACAGCAGCCACUCUCCAAAGAUCAAGGAAGACCUGCCCCACGUGGCUACCUCUUCCUGCAUCACUGACAAAACCAGGUCGCUUCAGAAUGGGGUCCUCUGCAAGUGACAUCUCCACAGGGCAAGCUCUGCAGCCACAACUAUUUAUUGCACGCAUUACUUCCACACGGGGCCUUAAGAGAUCUUGACUCUGGAGGUCUGCUUGGUGUGGCGAGACUGUGUGGCAUCUCCUGAGGAGGAGACCCAAGGAGUCACCAACACAUUUCAGCCCGGACAUGGAUGUGCCUUAUGUGUUGUGGGCUCCAUCCUUCUGAAUGUACCAAGCUGCUGACGUGGUCCACUGCCUUUGGGUGCUGCUUUCCCUGGUCCAGGGAGGGCAGGUGGUGAUGUGCUAUGCACAUGCACUUUGGGAUGGUGUCGUCCUACUUUCUUCACACUACGCUUAUUUUUCAUACAAUGGGUGCUCGUGUAUGUAUUUGUCCGUUGCCAUGUUACACAGGAUAUGUGUAGGCCAGGUUUUCCCAGGUGGAGCCCAUUACAAAGCAUCAAUCCUUUACACAUUGUUGGUCCAAACCUGCCCACACUGCUUUACCAGGUUCAGCAUGUGAUAAGGUGACGUCCCCUUCCCAGUGCCCUUGCACCAGUGUCCUAGUUCAUAGCUGUGAAAAGUUACUAAAGUAUUCUGUAUUCUCAAAAGCCUCACUCAAGAACAGUCCAGGGGUGUGGGUCUUACCCUUACAUCCCUGCACCCCUCCCUCUCUGUUCCCUUGCAUAAGCUUAAGUACACCUGAAAGCCAAAUUAUGUGAUCAUUGAGGCAUUUCUGAACAUUACUGAAAAGCCAGCCGGGAUCUCUCGGAAUGCUGGUAUCAUUAAAGGACGAGCCCAUAAGGAGAGGCAAGGUGCUCUCAGCCAUGCGUCACCUUUCCAGGGGACUCCAGUCAGUCUGCUGCAUGUAGAGUUUCCAGCAGUGACAUUCACAAGCCAGCCCUUCAUCUGUAUGGUACUGAGUUCAAUUCUAUAUAGAGAAGCUUGAAGUCCCUUUGCUGUCACCUUUUGCUGGCAAGGAGCUGGAGCUGUUAGCAAAGCUUCUCAGCUCUCGCAGUGUGGACCAAGACCAGGACCAUUCACAAUGUGGACCCUGACCUGGACCAUUCACAAUGUGGACCCUGACCUGGACCAUUCACAAUGUGGACCCUGACCUGAACCAUUCACAAUGUGGACCCUGACCAGGACCAUUCACAA